AGGCCAGAGAGGCCUGGAGCAGCAUGAGGCUGAGCUGGGGACCAGGGCUGCUCCUCUUGGGAGUGAUGGGCCUCAUACAGGGUCUCCAGGCAGCCCAGCGCGUCUGUGGGCAGCGUGGCCCUGGCCCCCCUGAACCCCAAGAGGGCUAUACACUGCCCGGUGAAUGGCCAUGGCAGAUCAGCGUGAGGAGGCAGGGGGUCCAUGUUUGCAGCGGCUCCCUGGUGGCUGACUCCUGGGUCCUCACUGCAGCCCACUGCUUUGAAAAGGCAGCGGAGACGGAGGAGCUGGGCUCCUGGUCGGUGGUCCUGGGUUCUUUGCAGCGGGAGGGGCUGAGUGCCGGGGCGCAGGAGCUGGCAGUGUCGGCGCUGCAGCUGCCGCGGGGCUACAGCCACUACAGCCGAGGCUCCGACCUGGCGCUGCUCAGGCUCGCUCGCCCCGCCGGCCGGCCGCCCCUCUGCCUGCCCCUGGCCGCCCACCGCUUCCCCUUCGGCGCCUCCUGCUGGGCCACUGGCUGGGCUCCAGACGCCACUGCCCAAGCCGCUCCCCAGGCCCUUCGGAACCUGCGUCUGCGGCUCAUCAGUCGCCGCACCUGCAACUGUCUCUACAACCGGCUGCACCAGCGGCCCCUGGCCAGCCCCGCGCGGCCCGGCAUGCUGUGCGGGGGUGCCCAGCCCGGGGUGCAGGGGCCGUGCCAGGGAGAUUCCGGGGGCCCCGUGCUGUGCCGCGAGCCCGAUGGGCGCUGGGUGCAGGCUGGGAUCCUCAGCUUCGCGUCCAGCUGCUCCCAGGAGGACACUCCGGUGCUACUGACCGACAUGGCCGCUCACAGCGCCUGGCUGCAGGCCCGGGCCAAGGGGGCGGCCUUCUUGACCCAGAACCCGGGGACCCUGCACAUCAGUGACGAGGACAGCUGCGUGGCCUGUGGCUCCUUGAGAGGGGAAGGUCCCCAGGCAGGAGCCCCCUCCCCGUGGCCCUGGGACGCCCUGUUGAAGCACCGGGGGCAGCUGGUUUGCGGCGGGGUCCUAGUGUCGGAGGAGGUGGUGCUGAGUGCGGCCCACUGCUUCAUCGGGCGCCAGGCCCCGGAGGAGUGGAGCGUCUGGCUGGGCCUCGGAGUGGAGGAGCGCGGCCUGAAGCAACUCACCCUCCACGGAGCCUACACGCACCCAGAGGGGGGCUACGACCUGGCGCUGCUGCUGCUGGCGCGGCCCGUGACCCUGGGCCCCCAGCUGCGGCCGCUCUGCCUGCCCUACGCCGACCAGCGCCUGCCCACCGGGAAGCGAGGCUGGGCCCUGGGGCUGGCGCGCCCUGAAGACCCUGGGCUCCCCCGGACCGUGCCUGUGACCCUCCUGGGGCCCGAGGACUGCAGUCAGCUGCACACAACUCUGGGAGGAGGCCGCACCCCGCUCCCACCCGGGAUGGUCUGCACCAGCGUGGUGGGCGAGCCACCGCCCUGCGAGGGCCUGUCCGGGGCGCCGCUGGUUCGGGAAGUGGGGGGCACAUGGUUCCUGGUGGGGCUGCACAGCUUCGGGGACGUCUGCAGGGGCCCCGCCGGGCCCGCUGUCUUCACGGCGCUCGCCCCCUACGAGGACUGGGUCAGCGGCCUGGACUGGCAGGUCUACUUCGCAGAGGAGCCAGAGCAAGAGCCCGAACCCGAGACCCGAAGCUGCCCGGCCAACAUAAGCCGAGCAGCUGGCUGCUGACAGGACGCCCUCCACCCUGCAGGACAGGGAGCCUCACCUGGGGGUUCGCCCCACCCCACUCUGGCCACAGGGUCCCCCAUCUGCACACACACCCCAUACCUAUCCAGUAACACACCAGGCCUGCUGUUUUGAAAAUGUUUUUAUGGGGGGAGCAUUUUUUUUUAACUUAAAUAAAUUGUUACAAAAUAGA